UCUUAGUUCCAGACUUUCUGGGCGAAGGGGGAAAGGAGGAAGGCGCCCUACCCCCUCGUGCCCGCUCUCCUUUGGCGAGAGCCGAGAAGAGUGCCAGGAUCCAGGGGCUGAGAGGGCACCGCAGGCGGGGGAGAAUUCCGAUCCCGCCCGUACUCAGGAGAGGGCAGCGACAUCCCCGCCCCAAGUCCGCGGGCUUCUUCCUAGGACCUGGAAAGUGGAACCCGGCAGCGCCUCUCCCCUUAAUUCUCCAGCAGGCAGAAGUCCCUCGCCCCUGAACGAGUCAGCUUUGAGGGAAGGGGGACUCUCCCAAAGGGGAGGAGACAACCCCAGGUUGGGUGAGGCUCCUCCCCUUCUCCCCAGGAUUACCGCCAAGGCGUGGGGGGUCUACCACCUCCCGCAGGUAGGACCUCCUUCUCCUCCUGCUGCUGCGCCUCCUUCUCGGGGGACUCACCUCCCCGUCCCAGCUUGGGGAACUCGGCAAAGCCCACGAAGAGCUACUGAGGAUGGGGCCCUUGGCCUGCCCCUAAAGAGAGAGAUCCCUUCAGCCCCACACUCCAGUGCCAGGUGGUUCCCUUCUUUUGCCAGGAGAACCUCUGAGGCAGAACCUGGCAGCACCAUGGCUUCCGACCUGGAGAGCAGCCUCACAUCCAUAGACUGGCUUCCUCAGCUGACCCUUCGGGCUACCAUUGAGAAGCUGGGGGGAGCCUCACAAGCUGGGCCCCCUGGAGGUAGCCGCAAAUGCCCACCUGGUUCACCCACGGAUCCCAAUGCUACCCUGAGCAAGGAUGAAGCAGCCGUCCACCAGGAUGGCAAGCCUCGAUACAGCUACGCCACGCUUAUUACCUAUGCCAUCAAUUCCUCCCCAGCCAAGAAGAUGACCCUCAGUGAGAUUUACCGUUGGAUCUGUGAUAACUUCCCUUACUACAAGAAUGCUGGCAUCGGCUGGAAGAACUCAAUUCGUCACAAUCUUUCUCUCAAUAAAUGUUUCCGGAAGGUGCCGAGACCUCGGGAUGACCCUGGGAAGGGCUCUUACUGGACAAUUGACACCUGUCCUGACAUCUCUCGUAAGAGGCGGCACCCUCCAGAUGAUGAACUGUCCCAGGACUCCCCAGAACAGGAAGCAAGUAAGAGCCCACGAGGAGGUGUCCCAGGCAGUGGAGAAGCCUCAUUGUCUCCUGAAGGAAACACUCAGAUGUCACUGCAGAGCACCACACCCAUCACCAGCUUCAAUCAGGGUUCAGGACCUGUGGAUGGCGCAGGAGUUGCAGCUGGUGGUCCAGGACGAGAUGGGGCUGACGGGCCGCCUCCAUUAUAUAAUACCAAUCAUGACUUCAAAUUUUCCUACUCGGAGAUAAACUUUCAGGAUCUGAGCUGGUCCUUUCGAAACCUCUACAAGUCCAUGCUAGAGAAAUCUUCCUCUUCCUCUUCGCCACAUGGUUUCUCGACUCUCCUGGGUGACAUGCAGCCUUCCAAUCACAAUUACUACAUGUACCAGCAGCCACCACAGCCACCCCAGCAACAGCAGCAACCACCCCAGCAAUCUCAGCAGCAGCCACCAGCACAGGGCCCUUCAUCUGUAGGGGGUACCCCUUCACUGCAUACUCCCAGCCCAGAGGGCUGCCCCCCACCGGGAGGGAAGCAGCCUGGGGCUGACAGCUAUGGAUCACCCUCUGUGAUGGCCAUGCAUCCGCCCCCACUGCAGCAUGUGGGCUAUCAUCCCCAUCAGCACCACCCCCACCCGCAUCCGCCCCAGCAGCCUCCACCACCACCCCAGCAGCAGGCACAGUCUCAGGCUUCCAUCAACAAUACUGGCUUUGCAUUUCCCCCUGACUGGUGCUCCAACAUUGACUCCCUGAAAGAAAGCUUCAAGAUGGUUAAUCGGCUUAACUGGUCCAGCAUUGAGCAGUCCCAUUUUUCAGAACUAAUGGAGAGCCUCCGGCAGGCAGAAAGAAAAAACUGGAGCUUGGACCAGCACCACAUUGCCAAUCUCUGUGACUCCCUCAACCAAUUCCUUACCCAGACUGGUCAGCUGCCCCACCCAGGGGGUCCCCACCAGCCACCACCUCCCGCUAGAAUUGCCGACACCUGUGCCCUGACCAGCGGCAAGCAGGAGUCCGCAAUAAACCAAGUGAACUCUUAUGGACAUCCACAAGCACCCCACCUCUACUCCGGCCCAUCACCCAUGUACCCAAUCCCUACCCAGGACUCUCCAGGAUACAACCGUCCAGCACAUCAUCUGGUUCCUCGGCCACCUGUCCCACCUCCUGGUUCCAACGAGGAGAUCCCUGAUGAUUUCGACUGGGACUUGAUCACUUAGUGUAUCACAGACUGAAGAACCCAGGGUCAGUGGUGGUGAACCCUGGCAGAGAAUCUAGAAAUAAUCCCAGUCCAGUUCCCCUUCCCCAAGCCUGUACAUAGAUAUAUAGAUAUAUAGAUAUAUAUCUAUUUCCUCUCUUUCUUUUUUUUCUCUUUGCCAGAGAAGACACUGCAAGAUGCUGCCGAAGAUAACCCUGCCUUCCCUGUCUUUCUCCCCAUUCUUUUAUUAUUAUUGUUAUUAUUAUAUUAUUGUUAUUACUAAUAA